AUGUGGAAGAUAACAGUAGUGUGUAUGAUUGUAAGUCUGGCAGCUGCCCAGAAAGCUACAUAUGUAAAUUAUAAAGUCUUCAAGAUUAUACCAACUACAGAAGCGCAGAUCGAAACGCUGCACGAGUUUGAAAAUAUCCUUGAUGGAUUUUCAUUUUGGGGAGAUCCGACUUUUGUGGGGAAAAGCGUAGAUCUCAUGGUGGCUCCGCACAAGUUGCCCGAAUUCUACGAAAUAAUGGCCCGGAUCAAGAUACCUUAUUACGUUCAUAUUGAGAACGUCCAGGCGUUAAUCGAUCAAACAAUGCCUGCAAAUCAAUCGACGACGUUCGAUUUCACCAGCUAUCACACUCUUGAGGAAAUCUACAAGAAUCUAGACGAUCUGGCCAGGCAAUAUCCCGAUAAAGUGCAAACUAUUGUGGGAGGCAAAUCGUACGAAGGACGUAUAAUCAAAGGCGUCAAAAUCUCGUUCAAAGCUAACAAUCCAGGAAUUUUCAUUGAGGGUGGUAUUCACGCCAGGGAAUGGAUCUCUCCGGCGACUGUAAUGUAUAUCCUGCACCAGUUGCUAACCAGUAAGGACCCGGACGUCAGAGCUUUAGCUGAGAGCCAUGAUUGGUACAUCUUUCCCUCGUUCAAUCCUGAUGGAUACUCGUACACUCAUACUACGAACCGAUUAUGGAGGAAAACACGUAAACCGUACAGUCUCUUUUGCAUUGGAGCCGAUCCAAAUAGGAAUUGGAGCUACAAAUGGGUCCGUAAAGGUAUAACUGGUAUCCCGUGUUCACCAACUUACGCCGGAAGCGAGCCAUUCUCAGAUUUUUUCGCAGCUGUUAAUGUUCCCUUAUGGCUACACAAGGGAUCAUCUCGACAAUUACGACGAUUUGAAUGCUAUCGGCUUGAAAGCAGCUGCAGCUCUGAAGCAAAGAUAUGGAACUGA